AUGUCUACGGCUUCCACAACCCAAUCUACAUCAUCAUCUUCCACAAUAACGCUGCCAACGAUAACAACACCAACAACUCCUUCGACAACACCGUCUACAACAAUGUCUACGCCUUCCACAACCCAAUCUACUUCGUCAUCUUCCACAAUAACGCUGCCAACGAUAACAACACCAACAACUCCUUCGACAACGCCGUCUACAACAAUGUCUACGCCUUCCACAACCCAAUCUACUUCGUCAUCUUCCACAAUAACGCUGCCAACGAUAACAACACCCACAACUCCUUCAACAACACCAUCUACGACUUUGUCUACAGCGUCAACAAUGCCAUCUACAUCAUCAUCUUCCACAAUAACGCUGCCAACGAUAACAACACCAACAACUCCUUCGACAACACCGUCUACAACAAUGUCUACGCCUUCCACAACCCAAUCUACUUCGUCAUCUUCCACAAUAACGUUGCCAACGAUAACAACACCAACAACUCCUUCGACAACACCGUCUACAACAAUGUCAACGCCUUCCACAACCCAAUCUACUUCGUCAUCUUCCACAAUAACGCUGCCAACGAUAACAACACCAACAACUCCUUCGACAACACCGUCUACAACAAUGUCUACGCCUUCCACAACCCAAUCUACUUCGUCAUCUUCCACAAUAACGCUGCCAACGAUAACAACACCAACAACUCCUUCGACAACACCGUCUACAACAAUGUCUACGCCUUCCACAACCCAAUCUACAUCAUCAUCUUCCACAAUAACGCUGCCAACGAUAACAACACCAACAACUCCUUCGACAACACCGUCUACAACAAUGUCUACGCCUUCCACAACACAAUCUACAUCGUCAUCUUCCACAAUAACGCUGCCAACGAUAACAACACCAACAACUCCUUCGACAACACCGUCUACAACAAUGUCAACGCCUUCCACAACCCAAUCUACUACGUCUUCUACAACGUUAUCUUCCACAAUUACACUGCCAACUUUGUCGACUAGAUCAACUCCUGGAACGCCUCCAACUACUCCAUCCACUGUUCCAACAUCUCCUUCGACCACACCUAAUACAACGCCGUCUACCACGUUAUCUUCUACCAUUACACUUCCAACUUUGUCGACAAGACCAACUCCUGGAACGUCUCCAACAACGCCGUCCACGGUUCCAACAACUCCUUCGACAACACCUUCAACAACACCGUCUACAACGCCAUCUACAACGCCAACUCCUACAAUAACGGUUCCCCCUUCAUCGUCCCAAACAACACCUGGAACUUCACCAACAACACCGUCCACUGUUCCCACAACUCCUUCGACAACUCCUUCUACAACGUUGUCUUCCACAAUUACACUUCCAACUUUGUCAACUAGACCUACUGUUGGAACGUCUCCAACAACGCCGUCCACGGUUCCAACAACUCCUUCGACAACACCUUCAACUACACCAUCUACAACGCCAACUCCCACAAUAACGGUUCCCACUUCAUCGUCCCAAACAACACCUGGAACUUCACCAACAACGCCGUCCACUGUUCCCACAACUCCUUCGACAACUCCUUCUACAACGUUGUCUUCCACAAUUACACUUCCAACUUUGUCGACUAGACCUACUGCUGGAACGCCUCCAACAACGCCGUCCACGGUUCCAACAACUCCUUCGACAACAACUUCAACCACACCGUCUACAACGCCAUCUACAACGCCAACUCCCACAAUAACGGUUCCCCCUUCAUCGUCCCAAACAACACCUGGAACAUCACCAACAACGCCGUCCACUGUUCCCACAACUCCUUCAACAACUCUUUCUACAACGUUGUCUUCCACAAUUACACUUCCAACUUUGUCGACUAGACCUACUGCUGGAACGUCUCCAACGACGCCGUCCACGGUUCCAACAACUCCUUCGACAACACCUUCAACAACACCGUCUACAACGCCAUCUACAACGCCAACUCCUACAAUAACGGUUCCCCCUUCAUCGUCCCAAACAACACCUGGAACUUCACCAACAACGCCGUCCACUGUUCCCACAACUCCUUCGACAACUCCUUCUACAACGUUGUCUUCCACAAUUACACUUCCAACUUUGUCAACUAGACCUACUGUUGGAACGUCUCCAACAACGCCGUCCACGGUUCCAACAACUCCUUCGACAACACCUUCAACUACACCAUCUACAACGCCAACUCCCACAAUAACGGUUCCCACUUCAUCGUCCCAAACAACACCUGGAACUUCACCAACAACGCCGUCCACUGUUCCCACAACUCCUUCGACAACUCCUUCUACAACGUUUUCUUCCACAAUUACACUUCCAAUUUUGUCGACUAGACCUACUGCUGGAACGCCUCCAACAACGCCGUCCACGGUUCCAACAACUCCUUCGACAACAGCUUCAACCACACCGUCUACAACGCCAUCUACAACGCCAACUCCCACAAUAACGGUUCCCACUUCAUCGUCCCAAACAACACCUGGAACUUCACCAACAACGCCGUCCACUGUUCCCACAACUCCUUCGACAACUCCUUCGACAACGUUGUCUUCCACAAUUACACUUCCAACUUUGUCGACUAGACCUACUGCUGGAACGCCUCCAACAACGCCGUCCACGGUUCCAACAACUCCUUCGACAACACCUUCAACUACACCAUCUACAACGCCAACUCCCACAAUAACGGUUCCCACUUCAUCGUCCCAAACAACACCUGGAACAUCACCAACAACGCCGUCCACUGUUCCCACAACUCCUUCGACAACUCCUUCGACAACGUUGUCUUCCACAAUUACACUUCCAACUUUGUCGACUAGACCUACUGCUGGAACGUCUCCAACAACGCCGUCCACGGUUCCAACAACUCCUUCGACAACACCUUCAACAACACCGUCAACAACGCCAUCUACAACGCCAACUCCCACAAUAACGGUUCCCACUUCAUCGUCCCAAACAACACCUGGAACAUCACCAACAACGCCGUCCACUACCUACUGCUGGAACGUCUCCAACAACGCCGUCCACGGUUCCAACAACUCCUUCGACAACACCUUCAACAACACCGUCAACAACGCCAUCUACAACGCCAACUCCCACAAUAACGGUUCCCCCUUCAUCACCUACUGCUGGAACGUCUCCAACAACGCCGUCCACGGUUCCAACAACUCCUUCGACAACACCUUCAACAACACCGUCAACAACGCCAUCUACAACGCCAACUCCCACAAUAACGGUUCCCCCUUCAUCGUCCCAAACAACACCUGGAACAUCACCAACAACGCCACCUACUGCUGGAACGCCUCCAACAACGCCGUCCACGGUUCCCACAACUCCUUCGACAACACCUUCAACUACACCAUCUACAACGCCAACUCCCACAAUAACGGUUCCCACUUCAUCGUCCCAAACAACACCUGGAACAUCACCAACAACGCCGUCCACUGUUCCCACAACUCCUUCGACAACUCCUUCGACAACGUUGUCUUCCACAAUUACACUUCCAACUUUGUCGACCAGACCUACUGCUGGAACGUCUCCAACAACGCCGUCCACGGUUCCAACAACUCCUUCGACAACACCUUCAACAACACCGUCAACAACGCCAUCUACAACGCCAACUCCCACAAUAACGGUUCCCACUUCAUCGUCCCAAACAACACCUGGAACAUCACCAACAACGCCACCUACUACUGGAACGUCUCCAACAACGCCGUCCACGGUUCCAACAACUCCUUCGACAACACCUUCAACAACACCGUCUACAACGCCAUCUACAACGCCAACUCCCACAAUAACGGUUCCCCCUUCAUCGUCCCAAACAACACCUGGAACAUCACCAACAACGCCACCUACUGCUGGAACGCCUCCAACAACGCCGUCCACGGUUCCAACAACUCCUUCGACAACACCUUCAACAACACCGUCUACAACGCCAUCUACAACACCAACUCCCACAAUAACGGUUCCCCCUUCAUCUCCUACUGCUGGAACGCCUCCAACAACGCCGUCCACGGUUCCAACAACUCCUUCGACAACACCUUCUACAACAUCAUCUACCACACCAACUUCUGUAACGCCUCCAACCACGCCAUCUACAACUCCUUCAACAACACCGUCUACAACUCCUUCGACAACACCGUCUACGACACCAUCUACAACUGCUCCAUCCACUGUUCCAACAACUCCUUCGACAACACCGUCCACUACCUCUACAAUUUCAUCAACAACUCGUACCUCAUCAACAAUAACGCUUCCAAUAAUUACGACACGUUCUACCGCACCGACUACAAGACCCACUGCUAA